AUGCAUAGAGAUACUUUUAAAUCAAUCUGGUCUAAUUUGGAUUAAGCCUUAGGUGAUUCCUCCUUCUCUUCUUAUUAUGCUUCGUUUCAAAGGAGAAACACUCCAAACAAAUACAAAUCUUCGAAAAGCGAAUUGUUGUCAUUAACUGCCACAAGAAUCAGAUUCACCUGUCCCAUGAAUAAAAGGGAUAGAUUUGUCGAUCUGCUUUUGGAGGCUCGUGGUUAGGACAAUGAACUUGACAAAAUCACCAUUGAAAACAUAGAACGACACUUUGGAGUUGAUUUCUUGCAAUUAGAAUCUAUGCAUUUGAAACUGAAUGCAGCGAAGGUGAUUGGAUCUUAGUUAAAAAAUGACGAGAAAUACCUAAAUGUAUGCUUAGGGAACAAUUAAUUUGGAGACGAGGGUUUCAGAAUUCUCACUACUAAUCUUUUCUACAAUAGAUGCAUCAUCCAUUUGGAUAUUAGCAAAUCAUGUAUAACUCCCAAAGGAUUUCGCGAUGCCCUACCCUACUUGAAACCGAUCUACACUCUUGUCUCCUUGAAUUUGUCUGGAAAUCGAUUAAGCAGUGUUGGAAGCAAGGCUCUUUAACAAUUAGUGGAUUAGCAUGGCAAUAUUCAAUUUUUGAAUCUCUACUCAACAUUCUCAGAGAUCAUAUCAGGAGAUUUCGUAAGUUACAAUCAAGGAUUCAAUUCAUUAAAAAAUACUAAUACUAUAUGUUCAUCCUUAUGUCUAAAUUUGUAAGAGAAUGAACUUAAAGACUCUGGGAUUGAAGGGAUAAAUGAAAAAAUCAGUCAUUGGAAUAUACAAGUGCUUAAUCUAAGUGAAUGUCAAAUUACAUCACAUGGUUUAAGUAGAUUAGUAGAUCGAAUUGUGAAUCAUAAAUACUUGGAAUCUUUGAUUUUGUCAAAGAAUAACUUUGGAGGAUCGGUUAGUUGUCUAUUCAAACUAUUAUCACAAAAUAAUUGGCUCUAAAAAUUGAAUCUGAGUUAUUGUUAAAUUGCUGAAUUCUCAUAGAUAAGUGAGGGUUUAAAAGAGAAUAAGGGUGGUAAUAAAGUAGGGGAACAUGCUAUAAUAUUAGGAUUGUAUAUGUAGAGAUUAACUCACAUAAAACUCAAUGAUUGCGAUUUAAGAUAGAAUGUAAAUGACAUCUUGAAGAGAUUAUAUUAUUCCAAUCUUAAACAUUUAGAAAUCAAUCAAAAUAGAAUUGAAGAUUUAAAAGAAUUGAAGACGUUGCUUAUGAAAAAUAAGGAAAUUGAGAAGAUUACUUAUGGAUUAAAUAUUGAUUAACUACAAACAACAUUAAGAAAUUUAAAAAAUCUUUAAUUUGAAUAUUAAAUAUUAACAAACUCAAAUAAUCCCAAAAUUCAAAUAAGAAUUAUCUAAAAUUUGGGCUAGUUUGAAUAAGAGCGAAUCAUGAUUUCUAGGAAAAUGCAUGAGCUAAAUGAAAAAAAGAAGGAGAAGGAUGAAGAACUGUUUAUACUUAACUAGAAAUUAGACAAGACAAAAUUUGAAUAAGAAUUAUUAACAAAAGUCAAGGAAAAAGAACUUGUAGAAAAAUAAAAUGAAUUAAUUUCUGUUAAAUUAUAAUUUGAAAAAUAUAACUAAAUAAGCAUCAGAGUUAAAUAAUGA